AUGACCCAAUGCUUGAAUAUUCAUGUUCCACUAAUUACACCACAGCUUAUUAUCGUGGAAACUUACUCCUUAAUUAAUGAUACCUAUCGAUUCUUAAAUGAUAUAUCGGGCUCUAAUCAGAUCCCGCCUCCGAAUAUCGAUGCACUUUCUUACAAUGGUGUUAUCCUGAAUAAUCAUUAUGCUGGUGCAGUAUGCACACCGAGCCGAGCAGCAUUAUUAACGGGAAAAUAUCCUAUUAAUCUUGGGAUGCAGCACUUGGCACUCGAGGCAACCGAACCGAGAGGACUUCCAUUAACUGAAAAAUUACUGCCUCAAUACCUGAAAGAAGGAGGAUAUGCAACCCAUAUCGUUGGGAAAUGGCAUUUGGGUUUCUACAAAAAAGAAUACACCCCGACGUUCAGAGGCUUCGAUUCUCACUUCGGAUACUGGAGUGGACAUCAGGAUUACUAUAAUCACGAGUUUGAGUCAUCGGAUAAUUAUCGUGGUUACGAUAUGAGAAGAAAUAUGUCAGUUUCAUACGAAACUAAAAAUCGCUAUUUCACAGAUCUUUACACAGAGGAAACCAUUCGAUUAAUUGACAAUCACAACAAAUCCACCCCCAUGUUCAUAUACCUCGCACAUGCUGCAGUUUACAGUGGAAAUUCAGAGAACCUCUUGCAAGCACCUGACGAGGAAGUAGCGAAAUUCUCGUACAUCAGUGGCCCGGAAAGACGAUAAUACGCAGGUAAUUAUAUUAUUCUAUAAAUCCAGAAAUGAUGACAAAACGAGCAGAGCAAUAAUCAUCUCUAAUUCAUCACCAGCAGACAACUUUCCCGCUGUCCUUUGUCGAGAAAUCGAUGUUUCUUCUCUUAAGGGGGGAUCCUGCUUUAGAGGCUUCAAAAAAUCGAUUUUUUUUUGCGUAAAUCACUUCCUAAACUAUCCAAGAAUAUGUCUCCAAAAUUUCAGAACAAAAUUCGGAUUAUUUCCGGAGAUACAGACGGAAUAGUGAGCAAGCGUCGAGCAGGUUACGAGCAUCACGAAAACUUUGACACGCGAUUUCUCGGAUUUACAUUUUUAUGAUUUUUUCAAAUUGGCGGGCAAGAUAGGAAAAAAAGUAAACGUCCUAUCCAAAUGAAUC